AUGGAAGCAAUGAUUAGAUGGCAGAUGGAGAAUACCAAGUACAACAAUGAUAACAACAUCUAUCGGAACAAGCUCAAAGGUGUUAGAAAGAUCAGGCAGGAGAUCUUCAGAACAGUGGCAUUUAGUGAGCUAGAAGUAGCAACUUCUGGAAAUGGUUACAUUGAUGUCAAGGAUAUUCUAAUUGCUCUGAAGAAGAGGUUUUCACCUCGAACUGCGGGCUGCAAGUAUGAGGUAUGGAAGAAGUAUCAGAACUUGCAAAAAGUGCCUAAACAGAACCUCGAUCAGUGGUUAGAUGCCUGGACCCUGAUUGAAGCAGAAAUCAAGCACUUUGGUAUAGAUGGCAACUUUGAUAUAUGGGAGGAUUUCUUCCAUGCCAAUAUGCAUAUCGAUAAUUCCAAGCCAGGACUGCUUGUGUCCAACCUUGCUACCUUAAAUGGCAGGCAAGCAGGACAACCAAGAUCGAGAACCUGCGUUUGUGGUGCAAAGCAUCCCUGGGUCAAAUGUUACUAUCUCAACCUAAGCCAGAAACCAGAAGGAUGGAAGGAGAAUGAGCAGCGACGUGAGAAGGUGAAUGAGGCACUCAAGAAUGAAGAUAUCAAGAAGAAGAUAGAUGCAGCGUUUACCAAGGUAGCUGCUUCAGAUACUGAGAUGGCAGAACAAGCGCUAGGAGGCAUGGUUCUUCUAAAAGGAAAGGGUGAAUCUUCUGAUCAUUCUAUCGAUCAUUCUAUCGAUAUUCAGUAUUUGGGUCAAUAUUCGGACUUUAUCCAGUUCCGACAAAAAGCCAUUAAUGUCCAUUGUCAAUAA